AACCUCACGGUAUGAGUCAAGUGAAUCGGUGCAUGAAAUCGUCUCUCUUGUAGCUGCCACUAACAUCGCCCCGGCCUCACGGUGUCACUGCGACGAAUAGAUUGAUCUUUAGUCGCAACUGGCAAGAGCACCAUGCUUCAAUCUUCCAUAACAGCAUGGCUGAAGAAGCCAGCGACUGUUGUGAAAGCUGACCAACCAACUCCAGCUGCAGCCCCCCCUCCGAUGCCACUCGCACGGCGGGUGCAACCUCCCGCAUCACUCUCUGAGCACAACCACGCGCCCACCCAAGGACGCGCCAGUGAGCCCGCACCAAAACGGCCUCCUGCUCCUUUAUUUUCCACGCCUCCACUCCCCGAGAAUGUCGAGUUCGCGCCGCUCACGCAUGAGCUCAUCCCCUCCUUCAAGCGCAUUCUCAGCCUGACGCUUCCCGUGUCGUAUCCAGCUGUCUUCUUCACCGAGUCGAUGGACGAGCCCUUCCACAGCAUCACGCUCAUGGCUUUGUGGCAUCCGGCUCCGGUGAACGGCGGCGCCCAUAGUUCAAUCGCCCAGGAGCCACGUCUGGUUGGUGCCAUUCGAUGUCGCAUUCUGCCGUCCGCGAACCUCUACAUAUCCACAAUCAGCCUGCUGGCCCCAUACCGCUCGCAUGGAAUCGCUACACAUCUCCUGCAGAAGGUAGCAGCUGAGGCCGUAGAACUGCACGGUGUUAGAUGUGUCACAGCUCACGUAUGGGAAGCCAAUGAGGAAGGGCUGGAAUGGUACAAGAAGAGGGGCUUUGAUAUCGUCGGGAAGGAAGAUGCUUAUUAUCACAAGCUCAAGCCUCAAGGCGCGAUUCUCGUUCGCAAAUGGAUUGGCGUUGCCGAUUUACUAGCACACCCAGACGCCGUGAGCGUCGUGGAUAGGUGAAGAGGUCUCGGCAUGGUUCCGCACCGGUCGCAUAUGUACAGACAACAUCACAUGGAGAACGUCUACGAAGCCCCCCCGCGAGUGCCGGAAUACAUCCGGGUGCCGCCUAGAAUUUCUCCAGGCUUUGACGAGAAGCAGGCACUUCCCUUCGGACCACCGCAUGUCUAGCAAAUACUAUGAGCCAGACUAUGCUGCGGCGACCCCUGUUUCCCAAAUAGGGACACGACGUGCACGGUGGCCCUUAGGCUCAUUGCCUCCAGGCUCCUUGUUGUCGGAUCGGGAUUAGAUAUUUUGCACGUGUCUACUUUAUACCCAUGUCAGUUCUAGAUGCUCAAAUGAAGUACCUCAAUGGCU